AUGUUCGGUUCGACUCGGCUCGUUUACACCCUUUCGCAAGAUCUGGUCACUUCAACUAUUUUCUGUGAUCUUGCAACUUGUCUUAACUCAGCAAUGGAUUCUUCUGCAAAAUCAUUCAAUCCAAACAAGCAUUUGAAAGAACAAUUUGUGAGCAACCUAAGUGGAUCUUCCAUGGUUGAAGUUUUUGUACUUUCAGCAAUAUUUUCUAUGCUUAUUCUCCUGCGACAUACCAUCGGCAUCUACAACAAAAUAGAUGAAAAAAAUUCAUCAAAGAAAAAAACAGUUGGCUCAAUGGGUUACAUCAUGAGAAUGAUAGUAGAUUUCCUCUCCAUUGUUCUUCCUAUCACUCUGGUUUCUACAGUUCUAUCAGAAUGGAGUUACAUGAUUGGGGUUGUAUUUGUAUUGGUGUUGUUUUUGUAUUUUGCAUAUAAGAGAGAUGGAUCUUGGUAUCAGGAAGAAGGGGUUCAUUCUCUCAGGGAAUGUGUAUCAUCAUACAGGGUUUCAUUGAUGCUUAUCACAUGUGUUUGUAUUUUGGCUGUUGACUUCAACAUAUUCCCUAGAAGAUAUGCUAAAACCGAGACUUAUGGGACUAGUUUGAUGGAUGUUGGGGUUGGUGCAUUUGUUUUUGCAAAUUCAUUGGUUUCACGUCAAGCUCGGGGAGUUUCUACAAUGGGUUUAAACUUAAAAAGCACACUCUCCUCUACUAGCCCACUACUAGUGCUAGGUUUUGCUAGACUUGUUUUUACAUCUGGUGUUGACUAUCAGGUUCAUGUGGGAGAAUAUGGUGUUCACUGGAAUUUCUUUUUUACACUUGCUGGUGUAGCAGUGCUGACAUCACUUGUCAAUGUCUCUCCAAACUAUUGUGGGCUUUUAGGUUCAUUGGUACUAAUAGGCUACCAAAUUUGCCUAAUCAGUGGAUUGAACGCGUAUCUGCUUUCUUCUGAAAGAGGAACAGACAUCAUCAGUCAAAACAAGGAAGGAAUCUACAGCAUAUUCGGAUAUUGGGGGCUGCAUCUUAUUGGUGUUUGGUUAGGCAACAAUCUUUUGUUUGGGAAGAAUAUGAAAACUAAUGAUUGGGCAAGAAAGAGAGUUUGGAUUCUGUUUCUUUUCUUCUGGUGUUUGACCUUGAUUCUGGAUAGUUAUGUUGAAAGACCUUCGCGUAGAAUGUGCAACAUGACAUAUGUCACCUUCGUAUUGGCUACAAACCUACAGACCUUGGGAAUAAUAAUGCUCUCUGGUGGUAAAAAGGUGUCACUACUGGAACAAGCAAUCAACCGAAACUUGCUAGCGGUUUUCAUUGUGGCAAAUUUAUUAACAGGAUUAGUGAAUUUAUCGAUGAAUACCCUGUUUGUGUCUCCAGUCACAGCACUAUUUAUAUUAGUUGCAUAUGGUUUUAUUAUUUCUUGUGUUGCUGGAUUUGCAGAUUAUAAUGGUAUUAAGUUAAAGUUUUGGUAAAGAUUUAUGCUUCAUUACUUUUAACUAUAUAAUAUACCUUGAGGAUUUGAAGCCAAAUGCCAUCUUGAAACC